AUGACUCUGAGCUCCGAGAUGUCGGAUGCCUCCAUCCUUUCGGAAGAGACCGAUAUCGACGUGGUCGGCGAGGGGGAGGAUGGGGACAGCCAGACGCGCUCCUACGUAGACGAGGUGGCGCAGAUGCACGAUGAUCUCCUGUCUGGCUCCCCGCCAUGCCUGGACAGCUCCUCAUCCCGGGAUCCGUACAAACCAGCCAGUAAGAACAUCCUGGUGAAGCCCCCAUACUCCUACAUCGCCUUAAUCACCAUGUCCAUUCUCCAGAGCCCCAAGAAGCGGCUCACCCUCAGCGAGAUCUGCGAUUUCAUUAGCAAUCGUUUCCCGUAUUACCGGGAAAAGUUCCCGGCGUGGCAGAACUCCAUCCGACACAACUUGUCCCUAAACGACUGUUUCGUCAAGAUACCGAGGGAACCCGGGAACCCCGGGAAGGGGAACUACUGGACCCUAGACCCAGAGUCCGCCGAUAUGUUCGACAACGGUAGCUUUCUGAGACGACGGAAACGCUUCAAACGGCAGCAGCAGCAGGACUUGCUGCGGGAGCAUAACAGUUUUAUCCCGGCUGCUGCGUAUGGCUAUGGACCUUACGGCUGCGGCUACGGUAUCCAGCUGCAGUCCUACCACACACACUCUGCGCUUUUCGCGUUUCAGCAGCAGCAACAGUCCAGGCAUUCACACACUGGGACCAUUAUCCCGGCACCGUCCUUGCCCACCUCCAGUGACUUAGCCAGGAGCAUGUUCUUUCCCCAGCUCAGUCCCAGCCUGGUUUCACCCAUACACACUGCAGCCAAGUCCAGCUCGCCUGUCCAGCGCUCUCCCUUCUCCAUAGAGAGUAUCAUUGGGAGGUCGCUGAGCCCUGCGCACUCUCACUGUGCCUCGCGGACUUCUCCUGUUGUUCCAAUGUUAUCGUCUUCCCUCGCGCCACAGUCGCCCAACCAGCCGCCGAGUAUGCACCCAGGAACUGUUUUACACACGGUCGAGAACUUUCCCAACAGAAUUCUGAACGGUACUAGUGGCUGUUAA